CCAUACACCACCUUUUUUUUGAACGUAGCAAAACAUUUGAAUUUGGAAGAUGGCCGACACUCUGGAGGCGCACUUGGCCGCCGCGGCAAGGAAGGUAUCCACGUGGGUGGAAAACGAGAAGUCGUCUCUCGAAGAAACCAAGCAGAUAUGCGCGGUUGAGAUGGAGAAGGACCGUCAGCAACUCCAGAAUCUUGUCGCGAAGAAAGAGCAACUUGCUGUGGCGUCGUCAUCUCGAGAAGCAGCGAGGACUGAGAACUUACGAGCCAUACAGAGCAGUCAGAGCGAAGUACGUCACCUUCAAGCAGAAUUGUCGACGUCGGAGCCUGUUGUACUGGGCUUGCGAGAACAAAAAGCGGCCCAUGAUAACAAACUCUCCACCUUGUCACUUGAGGCGUCACAAGCCGCCCAAACACAUUCACUUUGUGUUGCUGAGCUUCUCAAGUGUAUCGACAUGUACCAGAAGCUUGGGCUCGUCAUCGACGCGAAAGGAGACAAAAAUAUUUCUUUCGUAUUCACACACAUCGAUCCAAACGCUCCCCGUCGCGAGUUCUCGUUCUCCCUGCGAGUUCGACCUGACAAUGACUUGUUUGCUGUGGACUCGAGCUCACCAGCCAUCCCGUCACUGGGCAACUUGGUGGAACAGCUAAACAGCACGGGUGACUUGUCGGCGUUCGUGCGAGCCAUGCGCCGCCAGUUUCAGCACACAGUCGUGGUGUCGUAAAUAAGAGCAGAAGUACAUAUAACUCUAACUAUAUUCGUCGCCUUUUGUUGUGGGACGGGGGCACUUGAGGAAGCGGAGAAGGAUCUGCCUCUGCGCUGGAUGAAGCGAGCGAGAAUUGACGACUUGUAUGGGUAUCUGGUGGCGGGAGGGCUUGAUGGCGUGGUUGGGUUUGUGGUAGGAGAGGUCCAAUGAUGUCGGGCAUGGCGUGGCGCCGUUGAUGUGCUCGAUACCGGUCCUGCAGCAGUUUCCGUCGCUCGUCGAGUUUCGAUCGGGUGUCGGUAGGUUGUUCAUCCUGUG